GAUGUGCUCUCAAUUUUCCCGAUUUGGAUAUAAAAAUAUCGCUCCUUCCUAUUUUGGCCAAAUUGUAUUUGACAGACUUAAAGUCACCUGCCUUGUGUGUCCGAGUUUUUAAGUGCCUUAUAACUGUCGACGUUAAGUUUGUGUUAGCAGAAUUUAAUCAACAUGGUUUUUUCUCCAGCUAUGGAGACAAACUUCAGUUCCGAUUCAUCCUAUUCUUCUAGAUCUUCAGUUUCCAGAGCUGGAUCUGUGUCGGAUGUGGACUUUUUAGACAGUGAAUACAACGAUGUUUUUGCAAGCUCAAAUUCGCCAGUAGUUAUGGAAACUUCCACACCGUCUGGAGAAAACCCGACAACGAAACGCAAGCGAUAUAACAAGUCUAGAAAAAGGGAAAGAAGUCCAGCCCUGGUGCAAAAAUUGAAGAAAACUCGAAGAGUCAAAGCAAACGAUAGAGAGCGCAACAGAAUGCAUGGACUUAACGACGCACUGGACAGCCUCAGAAAAGUUCUCCCGGACAGUGCGACUGGGGACAACAAACUGACGAAGAUUGAAACUUUACGAAUGGCAUAUAAUUACAUAUGGACACUGUCUAAGACUUUAGAACUCUUGGAAAAAACUCCUACCCAAGAAGACAAAUCAGACAAGCAGAUGAUCGUUACACCUGGUGUAAAGCAAGAGACCGGUCCAAUGUCUUGUGCUUUAAAUGAUAAAGUUGCACCGCGAUACAAUGCUUUUGUCACAUCAACCGGUGAACCACACUCAGGAAACGGACAGUUCGUUGAAUACAUGACUCACAGUGUGCGAUUGCUCCCACAGACACAGAGGGUACAAACUUCUAACAAUGUCGUCUUCCAUCCCGUAUUUCCGUCCUACCCUACAUCUCCGGAGAGCAGUACGGGCGUUUCCCCGAUUAACUCUCCCGUUUCCACAAUAUCCGAGAUCUCUCCAACACAUUCUCUCCUUCCCGGCCCCACUAACGGAGUUUGGACCAAUGCUAUUUACAACAGACAUAUGCAAGCAAUGGCAGCUGAAGAAUUUUCAGACACUUCCGAAGGAUAUUCUUACGAGAUGUUUCCAUAAACUCGGACCUUAUGCAAGCCCAGUGUGAUAAUUACUUUGUAAAUUAUUGUAUUUGAGACAUGUGAAACCAGAUUAUGAUUACAUUACCAUUUAAUUAUAUUUAUG